CAACAGCAUCUUCGGAAAUGACCAACAAAUGAAGGUUAACCUACACGCUUAAAUGUGUUUGUGAUUGACUGGGAUGCUUUUUAUUUGGGCUGCUGAGCCCUGCAACUGUAUUCUCGCGCUGUGAUUUUUUUUUUUUUUUUUUGAGGAUUUUACCAAAAUAUUAGAAGAAACAUGAAUUGAGACUCUUCAAAGAACUUCCCGUGAAUGCCAUGAUCCAUGCUCAUGUGUGGGGAACCUCCGAAAGAAUUUCGUCCAUGCAUCAAGCAUGCGACAAAAGUAGCCUAACAUAAGUUGAAUAGCAUUAAGCAAAGAUGUUUUCAGAAGACGCUAAUUUAAGUUACAUUUCGAACGGCACGGAUGAGGACUUGCGGUCUGCGUUAGAUGACGACUGGAGCGAUACUCCGGCUGAGAAAAUGUCACGGACGGGACAUAAUGUGGUCGCUGUUAUUUUGGGAGCUAUUCUUGUGUUCGGGAUCCUGAACAAUUUCAUCGUUCUCGUUCUGUUUUGUAAAUUCAAGACCCUGCGGACUCCUGUGAACAUGCUUCUACUCAACAUCAGUGUGAGUGACAUGCUCGUCUGUCUCUUCGGCACCACGCUCAGCUUCGCGGCCAGUAUCCGCGGUCAGUGGCUGGUGGGGAAGCACGGGUGCAUGUGGUACGGGUUCGUCAACUCAUGUUUUGGGAUUGUAUCAUUGAUCUCUCUGGCAAUCCUUUCGUAUGAUCGUUACAGUACUUUAACUGUUUACAACAAGAGGGCCCCAGACUACAGCAAACCCUUGUUGGCUGUCGGGGGCUCCUGGCUCUACUCACUGUUCUGGACAGUCCCCCCCUUACUGGGAUGGAGUAGCUAUGGACUGGAAGGGGCAGGAACCAGCUGUUCGGUUACAUGGACAGCUAACACCCCGCAGUCACAUUCCUAUAUCAUCUGUCUGUUCAUUUUCUGUUUGGGAAUCCCCGUGCUGGUCAUGGUGUAUUGUUACGGCCGGCUCCUCUGUGCUGUCAAACAGGUAGGGCGGAUCAGGAAGACAGCAGCACGACGGAGAGAGUACCACAUUUUAUUUAUGGUCGUCACAACAGUGGCGUGCUACCUUUUGUGCUGGAUGCCUUAUGGGGUUGUUGCCAUGAUGGCCACGUUUGGACGUCCGGGGAUCAUCACACCCAUUGCAAGCGUGGUGCCAUCCCUCCUUGCCAAAAGCAGCACAGUCAUCAACCCUGUUAUUUACAUCCUUAUGAACAAACAGUUUUACAGGUGUUUCGUCAUCCUGUUUCACUGCAAACGCAGCUCUCUAGAGAAUGGACAGUCAUCUAUGCCUUCAAGAACUACUGGUAUCCAGCUCAACCGAAGGGCUUAUAGCAACACAGUGGCUGGCAACGCAUCUCCAUCCAUUGGUCUCCAAAAUGAGUGCAGCACCCCUGUCUCAGGCUGAACCAAUCCACAAAAUAAAAAUCACACCUUGAUGUUCCAUUCAAAACCUACAUACUGUCCCAAAUGAUGCCAGAACACAAAUCAACUGUGUAGUGUUGUUGAGUGCCUGUACUCUCAGAAAAAAAGUAUGAAAGCUGUCAUUGGGGUGAUACCUUUUUAAAAGGUACACUUUUGUACCUUUCAGAUACUAAUGUGUACCUUUAAGGUACCAACAUGGACUCUUUAGGUACAAAGAUGUGCCUUUUGAAAAGGUACCAUCCCAGUAACAACUUUUGUACCUUUUUUUUCUGAGAGUGAAAUCAAAAGCUGAAAACCAGAACUGUAGCAAAUAAAUCUCUAUAGUCAUCUUUCUGAUGAAAAACUGUUGAUUGACUUAACACAUACUGUUUUCGGUAAAUAUUUGUAUCUAACUUGUCAAUAUAAAUGUUACAAAGAGUGAGAAAAGUGCAAAAAUCCGCUGGUGACUUGUUAAAAUGGAUGUUUAGUGGUACAUUACUUCUGAAUGUGCUUCCCUCAUGUUGACUGUAUGUUCCCAACCCAUUUAAGGUUAGGCCUGAAUAAGAUGUUGAAUAAAUCUGUGAAUUUAAAGGAAGCUGGAAGACUGGUAAAAUCCUCAA